UCACCAUACAAUUGCUCACCAGACAAUUGCUCAACAGACAAUUGCUCAACAGACAAUUGCUCACCAGACAAUUGCUCAACAGACAAAUGCUCACCAGACAAUUGCUCACCAGACAAUUGCUCACCAGACAAAUGCUCACCAGACAAUUGCUCACCAGACAAAUGCUCACCAGACAAUUGCUCACCAGACAAAUGCUCACCAGACAAUUGCUCACCUGACAAUUGCUCAUCAGACAAAUGCUCACCAGACAAUUGCUUAUUGGGCAAAUGCUCACCAGACAAUUGCUCACCAGACAAAUGCUCCCCAGACAAUUGCUCACCAGACAAUUGCUUAUUGGGCAAAUGCUCACCAGACAAUUGCUUAUUGGGCAAAUGCUCACUUGACAAUUGCUCACCAGACAAUUGCUCACCAGACAAUUGCUCACCAGACAAUUGCUCACCAGACAAUUUCUCACCAGACAAAUGCUCCCCAGACAAUUGCUCACCAGACAAUUGCUUAUUGGGCAAAUGCUCACCAGACAAUUGCUUAUUGGGCAAAUGCUCACUUGACAAUUGCUCACCAGACAAUUGCUCACCAGACAAUUGCUCCCCAGACAAAUGCUCCCCAGACAAUUGCUCACCAGACAAUUGCUCACCAGACAAAUGCUCACCAGACAAUUGCUUAUUGGGCAAAUGCUCACCA